GGUGCUAGCUGGACAAUUGGGUUAGGUGUCGCACAGUAAUUAAUUGAACGUCCGUGGUCGGAUUAUGUUUUUGUUUCUCAGCAAGCAAAUGCUCACACGACAUAUUAAAUUUAUGCAGCAAUUUCACCCUCCGGCACUGUUGUAAACUACGCAGAUGAAUAAUGGCCAAGUCCAUUGAAGAGGUUGAUGAUUUAUUCAGUACAAGUCAUACUAACGAACCAGUGAAAGAAGAUGCAUCACAGCCAGCAAAUCCUACAGUAUCGUAUAUCGAUAUCGCAACAAAGUUACUUAACGAACGACUUUUACUUACCGCAUUGGAGUUGCACGCCGAAUUAUGCGAAUCGGGAAGAGAACUGCCUAUCCUCAGGGAUUAUUUUUCAAAUCCUGGGAACUUUGAGACUCAAAAUAUCAAGCCGGAGCCUUACAUUGCUUUGCCUAGGUCACUUAGUCAAGCCACCUUAGACUCGCUUGAUAUGACAAGAUAUUCGGAGGACGGUUGCGGAAUAGAUGAACGUGUCGCUAUACUGGAAUUUGAGCUGAGAAAAGCGAAGGAAAAUAUUUCAGCACUGAGGGCCAAUCUCACCGUCGCCACAGAGUCUGAAACAAUGCAGCCAGAUACCGGGCCUGACAAACAAAUAGUGACUGAUUUCCCAAUCAAACCACACGAACAGCGAGCACUUAAUUAUCUCGUCAACGAGUACCUCCUAGCUCACUCCUACAAGCUGACUUCUAUCACGUUUAGUGAUGAGAAUGAAAACCAAGAUUUCGAAGACUGGGAUGAUGUUGGUUUGAAUAUUCCAAAACCUACACAGCUCUUGCAAAUAUACAGGGAAUUCAUGAGGGCUAGUGGUCACAACAAACCGCACGCAGCAAAUGUCAGUGUACAAACAGAAUUUGUUCAAGACUUGAAUUCGGAAACAGUUGACAAAGAUGAAGAGUUGAAAGAAAUGACUUCGGAAAUACAGCAAUUGAAAGAACAGAGAGCUGUUUUAGAACGCGAAAAAUCAGAACUAGAAGGACUUUUAGCUUCUAAUGAGUCUGAUUUAAUACUUGGAGAGGCAAAGGGUAGCACAUGGACCAUGCAAACGAUAAACUCCAACUCAUCAACCCCUGAAAAGUUUGAGAUUCUCGAUUCGAUGCUCCAGGAUAUUUCCAACACGACUCAGGAAUCUUGUGGAGAUGAUACAACUUCGAUUGUGACUAGUCUGAAUGAAACAGAUCCGGGAGAUCGAGAAUGGACGACGCUACAAUUGCCUAGGCCUGAUGUAACGAAGCAACCACCACUGGAUUCUUGUGACUCAUCUUUCAGAAUUUUACCUACUAAUUUUGAGAGAGAAGUAGUGACUCAUUGCAUGGUGAACACAUCCAAUCCUGCAACCGCAUUCAUAAUAGAUCCACUAAAGAAUAGCGUGACUCAGGAAAGUGUUAUUCACAUAUUGACAUACUCUUUACCCCGAGUAAUACCAAACGUUAUACUUAAUAAACGAGAGGAGACAAUACCCCUGAUUAUUAGUGCGGUACAACUGCACAAGAACAGUCACGAGAGGGAAAAGUUACUGCAGCUACUUUUUAACCUGAAAAAGAGGCCACAGGAGGAGGAGAGGCUGAAGAUAUUAGCCGGCUUAGUGGCAAUGGCGAGAUGUUCGAAGAGUUCCGUAGAAACUGGUGAAGUUUUGGGCCAGUGUUGGGAGCAAAGUCAGCACAAGUAUCUGGAACGAAGACUGCUGGCUGUGGAAUGCUGCUCAGCCUUAGCUCCAUAUAUUUCGGGCACAACAAGAAAUUCUUUAAUGCUUUCUAUGCUGCAGCAAAUGCUUCUAGAAGACACAGAGCCGGUGGUCAGAGCUACCGUUGUAAGGACUCUGGCGCUACUAGUGGCGUUAAUGGAUGAUCCGGACAAGUACUUCCAGUGUGAAGAACUGACUCUUACUGCUCUGGAUGAUUCCUCAUCUACAGUGAUUGAAGCUGCGUCUAAAAUGCUUGUACCAGUGAUAGCGCAAUGGGCACUUAAACUUAGGAGAUUUCAGUCCCAUCUGCUGCCACGAAUAUUUAGCAAAUUAAGGAGCCAGCUUAAGCCCUCGCACCACCAAAAUAUCCACAACAAGAUUCAUUCUGACAGAGAUAGAGCUGUUGCAUCUAUCAUCGUGCUGCAGUACCUCCUUCCGCAUACUGUUGUAUGCGUUGCUAACACUGAGAAUGUCAAAGCAUUUGUUCAAGAAUCAAAACCUUCGGACUUACCGGACGAGUUUUCUGCCCUUUGCUGCUUUUCCCUGUUAAGUCCGAGAGUAUUUUAUGAAGGCGAUAUGGACAUUACGGCUGUGCUCCACGCAUUCUUUGCAAAUACAUGGGAAAAUGACACUUGGCCAGAGUUAGAGUGGCUAUCUAAUAAAUUAUUACCAGACGUAAUUGACAUAGUGAAAUCGAUCAACGUUACUCAAGAAGCUGUUUCGAAUGCUUUCAUCACAUAUAUCCAUUCCCUCUGCUGUGCCUUUGGCAGACACAUAACUGUAUUAAAGAUUCAACCCAUCUUUGCUGCCAUAUUAUCGAAACUUGAGCAACAGCUCAUAAUGUUGACACCCGACAGCGGAACUCUGAGCUUAAUGUUGAUCCCAGUGUAUUUGACCAUUCUGUCGACCCUGGAUGUGACUGAAUUAACAAAAGCAUUGAAUCAAUUCAUUGUUGCCUUGGCUAUUAGCGGCGUCAGCAGUGCAAGUCUGCAAAUGGCUGUUAUCAAACUCUGUAAUGAAACUCGACUGCAGGAACACGUUCUUAACGCUCUCUGGGAUGGAGUGGUUCAUCAAAGAUCGACGGUCCGUUGUGCGACUGCAGUUUUAUUCAGCUCUGUAAUAUCUCAUAUUACAGACCAUUUAGCCAACACAAGAGUAGCUCCAGCUAUAGUGACACUGGCCAGUGACACCGAUCUAACAGUCAAAGCUGCCGCUAUCCCAGCACUAGCUCGUCUUGUCACUGAGUGUGGAGCCAAAGAGGCAAGGGAUAAAGCACGGUUGACACUGGAAACAAUAGCUCGAGACCCACAGGGCAUUCCGUCAUCAUUGGCAGUUUCUUUGGUCACAGCACUCUCAAGUAUCGCACCAAACUGUCCCCAAAAUUACACAGAAGAUGUGAUAGCCACCCAGUUAGCGGGCAUAACGGCAUCCGCUCUUCAGCAGGGGCGAAAAAUCGAACUCACAAAUGCUCUCGUGGAAGCCUACUCAGUCCUUGUCUACUGUCCGCUCAGUAAUCAAUGCGUCACUGGUGUCCUUUUGCCUGGGCUUAGGUACCUCGAAGUCCUCGUCAACCAAACCCAACCUCAGCACAGGGAAUUAGUAAAUUCGUUACUCAAGGAGGUUGAAUCCAGGCAAGAUUCCCAGAAGCCAUUGGAACGAUCUGCAUCAUCAAGUUCCGGGCUGUCUCUUGCGAUAGCGAACGUGAACGUUGGUCAGGGAGUGGAGGACAUGUGUCAGAGAAUGAGUAAGAUAUUUCAACAGAAGUCAAAUACGCCUGGUAUGGCAAAUAUAUUUCGUAAAAAGUAAACGGGUAAUCGGUGAACUGUUUUUUCAUUUUUAAAAAAAUGUUAGGUCACUUAGGUGGUACAUCUGUUCAACAUCGUUUUAAACGAUUGAAUUUUAUGCCCAAAAUAGACACCAG